AUGAAUGUAAAACAAUCAGAAAUCUUAAAUACAAUGCAUAAUUAUGGUCCUACACGUAUACAAUGUUAUCUUUGUGAUUUACCACGUUAUCCAUGGGCAAUGUUAUCAGAAUUUAGUGAACCAGUAUGUCGUGGAUGUGUAAAUUAUGAAGGAGCUGAUAGAAUAGAAUGUGUUAUUAAUCGAGCUAAAUUAAUGAAAAUGCAUUAUUUACCACGUAUUUAUUCUCAAAGAAUUAUAAAUGAUAAAUUCGAUGAAUCUCAAUUGAAUAUACCAAUAACAACAACAACAACAACAACAACAAUAGAUGAACGUAAUAAUACUUCUAUAAAUGAUUUAAAUACAGAACAGAGAAAAUCUCCAUUGGAUUUAAACAAAAAUGUUUUAUUUAAAACACAUUUAAAUAAAAAUUCUGAAAUUAAUCGAUUUAUUGAUUCACAUUAUUUAAAUAGUAAUAAUAAUAAUAAUCAGAUAAAUGAUGAUAUUCAUAAAGAUUUAAACAUAUUAACAGGUAAUAAUAAUAAUAAUAUGAUCCAAACUGGAUCCGAAGUAACAGUACCAUCUUCAACAUCAUCAACCAUUUCAAAUAAUAUACAAGAUGAGAAUUUAUUAAAUCAAUUAAAUGGAAAUCAAAAUAGCCAUUUCAAUUAUAAUAAUCGUUUAAAAGAGAUUUUUAUAAAUAUAUUAAAAUAUUCAACAUUUCCAUCAAUAUUAAAUUCGAAUUCCUCAUUAUUAAAUAAUAUUAAUACAAAACCAAUUAUUUAUUUAAAUGAUCCGAUAGAAAAUUCUAAUCCAAUCAAUAAUAAUUCAAUAGAAAAUCAAUAUAAAUCAAAUCAUAACAAUAAUAAUAAUAAACGUGUAAUUAUAUCCCCACAUAAUAAUGAUAUUUUAUUAAAUAAUAUCAUUAAUUCAUCAUUAUUAAAUAUAAAUACAAUAAUGGAUACAUCAAAUUCAAAUGAUAUAACACCAUUCAAUACAAUGAAUUCGAUAGAUUCAUUAAAUAUAGAACAAAAACAUCAUAUAAAUUCAGAUGUUACAUUACAAUCAAUAUGGAAUCCUAAACUUUUAACAACCUAUUUACAAAUUAUUAGUAAUCUUUUAGGAUCAAAUUCUUUAAUUAAUAAUAAUAAUAAUAAUGAAGAUAAUCAAAUAUCAUUAACUAAUAAUAUAAAUAAAUUAAAUGAUCAAAAUAAAAUAAAUUCUACAAAUAUUUUGGAUUCGUCAGAACAAUUAAUUAAUUCAAUAUUCAAUUAUUCAUCAUUAUUAAAUGAAAAUAUAAAUCAUGAAAAAUUAUCUAAAUUAAAUUUAAAUUCAAUUCAUUCACAUUUAUUAAUUGCACAACAUUUAAAAUUACCAAUAUUAAUUAGAUUACGUAAUCAACCAAUAAUUCAAGCAUAUUUUUUAGGAUUGAAUCAUAAUACAAUUAUAAAUGAUUAUUAUUUAUUACAACAAAAUAAUUUAAUGAAUAUGAUGUUUUUUGAAUAUCCUAUUGGUUCAUCAAAUAUAUGUAUUGGUUUUAAUCAAUUUAUUAAAUUAAUCGAUACAAAAUUGAUUUCUGAUACUAAUAAUAAUAAUACUAAUAAUAAUAAUAUCAAUGAUAUUGGAGAAAUACAUUUAAGUAUUGAUCAAUUUGAAUAUGAAAUAGCUAAAGAUAAUACGAAUCAAAUUAUAUGGGCACCAUUUAUUGAUUUAAUUUUAUUAAUUAUUCAAUUAAUAACACAACCAUUAAUACAAAAACAAACAAAUAAUAUUACACAAUUAUUAUCAAAAGAUUUAUUAAAACAAAUAAAUAUAACAAAUGAUAUAAUAGAAAAUGAAUUAAAUUUAUCAAAAAAACGUAAAUCAUAUUGUUAUACUACUGAUGAGAUUAUAAAUAAUCAAUUAUAUGAUAUAAAUAAUAAACAACCACGAAUUGAUAAUGUUUCUAUGACAUCACAUACUGAAUUAAAUGGAAUUAAUAAUAAUAAUAAUAAUAACAAUAAUAAUAAUAAUAUAAAUAUAUUAAAUGAUUCAUAUAAAAAAUGGAAACCAUUAAUACAACAUAGAAAAUCACCAAAUAAACGAAUUUUAUGUAAUUUAUGCCCACGUCAUUUAGAAGGUAGUCAUUUUGUUCAAUGUCCAGCUAAUAUUAAACAUAGAUUUUGUUUUCAAUGUGCUAAAAUUUAUUUAGAAAAUGUAAUGAAUGAACAUCAAGUUCAUAAUAAUAGUAAUAAUAAUAGUUCAGCUAAUACAAAUAUGAAUAUGAAUAAUUUGAAAAAUUUAGAAAUUUAUUGCCCUAGUGGUAAAAAAUGUGUUCUACCUGGUUCUAAAUAUCCAUGGUCAUUUGUUAGUUCAGAGAUAACUGCAAUUUUAGGUAAAACACAAUUAACUAUUGAUCAAUCAUCUCGUUAUGAUCAAACAUUAUUAUUAGAGAAUAAUAAUAUUCCAGAAAAAAUAUCUAAUCAUAAUCAAUUAAAUGGUAAAAUGAAUACAAUCAAUAAUUGUCGAAUAGAAAAUAUCACACGUAAUAAUCUAUCACAAUGUUCUGUAAAUCAUCAACAAGAUAGUAGUGAAAUUUUAUCAUCUCAAAAUGUAAAUUGUAAAACUUCAUCAGAAUCUCCAAUGAAAUCAUCAUCAAAUGAAAUACAUUUAUUAUCUAGUAAUAAAUCAAUAAAUGGAAUUAAUACACAAUUGAAUUAUCAUGAUACUAUUAAUAAUAACCAAUCAAAAUUAAUGAAAUCAUUUAAAGAUAAUCAUGUCAUAUGUGGAAAGUUACGUAAUCAAAAACAUUCUACAUCAACAUCAUCAUCAUCUUCAUCUUCAUCAUCAUCGUCAUCCCCGCCACCAUUAAUACUGACGACGACGACAACAACAACAGUAACAACUUCAACUAACUUGUCUUCAACAUUAUCUUCUUCAUCAUCAUCAUCAUCAUUAUCGUCACCAUCAUCCCUUAUUAUUAAAUCAAAUGAAAUAAGGAAUAAAUCUUCACUGAAUACAGUAUUAACAACAAUAUCAACAUCAAUGGGACAAAUAACAGAGAAUAAUAUACUUAAAAGUAAUAUUGAAUUAUCAUCUACUGAAAUGAAUAAUAUUUCAGAUGAUAAUGAUUAAUUUAUUUCUAAUUUCUUUAUUAAAAUCAUUUCAUUCAAUUCAUUAUACAAAAUAUACAAUCAAAUUAUAAAAAUGAAUAGUAAUAUUUAUUAGUAGUAUU